CUUCAGAAACCGAUUUAAAAAAUGAAAGGGUUAUGAGGGGAACGGUUUCCAACCGCUACUUGACCGUUUUUAAUCAACACUGCCAGAUAGAUAGCUGCAGCACACAAAAGGAAGGACAGAAAAAGAGAAGCUCAUUAGGGAUAAUAAUUACCUUAGUGAGUUAAAAUUCCAUUUAUCAGAACACUGACAUGUUGUGCCUACAAUAUGACAAGGACAUGAGGAACAUGGAGAAAGGCUCUCCAGUGAAACCCUCGGACCUGCGUGUCAAAAAUACAGCAUCCAAAGACCCCCUCCCUCUCAAACCAAAGUGUCCUGCCACUAAGAAAAGGGUCCCCUUCCAUGACCUUACCAACACAGAAGGUCAAACCCUGGAGACAAAUGAGAGGACCCUGCUCAGACUGGAGGACAGUGGCUACUCGUCUUUAUAUGACAGUCCAAUCAACGUAAAUGACGACCACCCUAAUAGUUGGUCUAGGUGUCGUAGGGACACAGGUUCUGGGUUCCGAGUGACGCUGAUGCAGACCUCCUCCAUGUUAUCCACCACUUCCGAGCACCACGACAACCCCAACCAGCCCAUCCAGCAUGCCGGGUGUGACGAGCUCGCCAAGAGUUAUGGCAAGACAAAGAGGUAUGAGUGUCGUGCCAUCUCCAGCAACAGACAGGCAGCUCCUGCACAGAAAAGUGCGAAGCGUUCUCGCUUUGAGGAAUUUGUACAGGCCGCCAGCCGCCUGAAGCCACACCAGUCUCUGCAGCGCUGCACAUGGUGCGGCUCGCCGGCCAUGCCUUCGGACAACGGCUUGCGGGCCACGUGCACGAGCUGUCAGUUCGACCUCUGCACCCGCUGCCGUCAGACCUUUCACGGCUUCGCCCCGUGCCAGCUGUUGGGCUCCCCAUCCCCUUCCACCUCCGAAGACACCAACAUCCUUUCCGAAAAGGAACACAAAUGGAUCAUGAGAAGGUUAUAUCGCUAAUGGUUUACUUGACUUUUGCUGGGGAUACACAAAGAAAAGUGCCACUUUAAAUUGUACAUUGUCUUUUGAUGUUUGUUUUAUUCAUGUUUU